AUGGGAGAGAUGCAGCCUCCAGAGGAUCACGGGGAAAAGGAAAAAGAUAAGAACGAUGCUCUUAAAGAUUUGGUGUACGUCAGCAAAACUGGAAAGCCAGAGGAUUUCAAGCUGGACGAGGACGGCGGAGUUUCUGGAAUCUCGUCCUUUGAGGAUGUCCUGGAAAUGAUUGACCCUACAGGUCGCUGGAACCUGGCUACAUUGAUCCGAGAAAAACUGCAAAUUCUUCAAUUACGAUUACGCCAAGGCGGUGGAGAUGGGCUACGAGGCCGCCAUGAAAACCGGGGUUCGAUCUCCAUCGGGGACGGAAGCCCCAUCUACUGUCAGUCUCGUGACUUCAACGUCAGUCAUUACAGCCUGACGCUCGUCGCCGAGUGGGAUCUGGUGUGUGAGAGACGCGCUUUGUACUCAACAACUCAGUCUGCAUCCCAGAUCGGAAUCGUUUUUGGAGCUCUGUCCUGUGGGUACUUGAUGGACAGGUUUGGUCGGAGACCCGUCAUCCUUACUUGCGUGGUGGCGAGCAUCUUUGCUGCGUUGGGAGCUGCCGCCUCUCCCACCUUUUCCGUCUACGUUUUGCUGAGGAUUCUCAUAUCCUUCUUCGUCUUCGGACAUGCUACCGGUUCCUUCAUAUAUGUCAUGGAGAUUUGCUCGCCCAGCCAACGUUCGUCGGUGGGCACCGUUGGGGGCGUGCCCUGGUCGUUGGGGUACAUGAUUGUCCCGGGCAUCGCAUACCUCAUCAGACCUUGGAGGUGGCUGCAGGUGGCUUACUCCAUUCCGAUGUUUUAUCUGAUAUCUUAUUAUUGGUUCAUGCCUGAGUCACCACGUUGGUUGAUCGCUAAUGGUCGCUAUGAUCAAGCCGUCGAAAUCUUUUCCGAAGCUGCCAGAGUAAAUGGACGCUCUUUCCCGCCGGCGGGAGCCAUGGUCGCAUCCUUGAAGAAGAUGUCUGCAGUGGUCGAGGCCAAGCCAAAACAAAAGCUCUCCCGCGCCAUCAUCGACAACCUGAAACAUUUCCUGGUACUGGUGCUGAGGAAAGAAUACAGGAUGACCAUACUCAUCAGCUACUUCUGCUGGUGUGCAGUUUCUAUGGUGUAUUACGGGGUUUCACUCAACUCAGGAAACUUGAGCACUGAUCCUUACAUGUACGUCUUCUUGGGAGGUUUGGCCGAAAUACCUUCUUUCUUCAUAACGUGGUUCUUAGUGGCGCGGAUAGGGAGGAGACUUGCUCUGAUGCUCUGCUACUCAGUCUGCGGAGUCACCAUCUGCACUGUGGCCAUCCUCUUGGCGACACAAGAUUCAGUGUCUUCGGAACUACUGAUGUUCCUUUCAUUGACGGGGAAGACAGCCAUCUCGGCGGCUUUCAUCAUCGUCUACAUCUACACCGCUGAGCUCUUCCCGACUCGGUACCGAUCCUUGGCCGUCGGGGAAUCCAGCAUGAUGGCUCGAGUCGGGAGCAUCACUUCGCCUUACAUCAACGAUCUGCUGGGCGUCGUCAUCACCUGGGGUCCCUCGGCCCUUUUUGCAGCCAUGUCAGCGGCAGCCGCGGCCCUGUGCUUAUUUCUGCCCGAGACGAGAGACUCCAUCACGGAGGAGAAGGUGGCGGCGGCGCCUAAGCAAGGCGCAGAAGAGGGAGGUCCCGUAGUAGUAGAUACCAGAACGCCGACGAAGCAGGCCAAAGCGAACGAGGCCUUUGAGGAUGACUGAUUUUGAUUCGCUAUUUUCCCUUUUUAUUUUAUUAUACUUUAUUUUAUUUUGCUUUCUGCUUUUGUUUUUUUGUACACUUUUUUUUAGAUAGCAUUUUAAACCCCUUUCGUUUUUGUUUUUGUUAAGGACAUUUUGUGAUCAAAUGUUAGAGCAGAAGAGUACUUGUCGGCAACAUUUUAUUGUAAUUAGGUAUCUUUUAACUUUUUAUGUUUUUAGAUGACUUUUUAUUUAUCGACUUUGUUAUUGAUUUGCAUGAAAAGACAUUAAACAAAACAAUUUUUAAGUCCCUGUGUCUUUUUCAUAUAAAUAUUAUGCUUGAAGAGCAAUGUUACAUAUUUAACUAAUGUUUGAGGAGUUCUUUUACCUUCUGCUUCAAGAAGGAAAUAAAAAGAAUCUUAUUUGGGAAAGUUGUUCUUAGCUGGAGGUGUCUAAAAGCACCAUAAAUGAGUUAUUUAAAAAAAAAUUGAAUUUGACGUUUUCCAAGACCCUACUUAGUCACAGGUACACCGGAGCAUGGAGCUGAAACAUGUGAGUUCAUAUAGCUACUUUUCAGAACGGAAAACUGACGCGUCAUUCGUGAAUAAAAAUGCGCAUGCGCAGAUAUUACUGUAUUGACGCCAGGUUUCUUUUAGUUGACAUUUUGGCAUUCGCAGUGCAUACGCGUUACGGAGUGCAUACCGAGUCUAAAAGAGCACGUGUCUGUGAUUGGUUACACUUUCUACCAGGGAAAAAGGCAGCUUAAACCGGCAGUUGCGUCCGGUACGUCCCAAAGAACCAGAUAUAUACCAGUAAUUCUGCUAGUCAAGUCUUUUAACCACGACUUUUUAUUUUCUUUUAUUUUUGGUGUCGUACUGUGCUUCCAAAUGUCUGAUUAAUCUUUUUAUUUAUCUUUUGAGUGAUUGACUGGGUUGAUUCAGUGAUUUAUCAUUUAUUAAUUCAUUUCUUAAAUUGUUCUUUUUCACAUGAGGACGUUGUGGUAUUUGAAAAUGCGUUUAGCAAGGUAAUAAUAAUAAUAAUAAUAAUAAUAAUAAUAAUAAUAAUAAUAAUAAUAAUAAUAAGAAGAAGAAGAAGAAGAAGAAAGGAGGCAUUCUCUGAGGGUAGUAGCAUUGAAUAUUAUAGCUGUUUCAACGGCAUUUAAUUUAUAUAGAAUCUUCUCAAUUCUUUUUGUUUUAUCUCAUCAGCAUGCAGCUGGUAUAUUAGGUAUCCUAAAGACGUACUUACGAAACCUGAUAUACCAGCUACAUGCUGAUGAGAAAAAGGCAAUAAGAAGAAUUGAGAAGAUUCUAUAUAAAUAAAAUGCC